GGGAACAGUUUGUUACAGUUUACCGCAUUUUCACAACCAUCCAUAUAAUAUCGCUUAUUACCGUUUUUUACCUAAUUGAAAGCUGUAUAUAGUAUUUAGUUUUGGCAAUAAUCAGUAGUGUAAAAUGUCUAAAACUACGCUAACGCUUGCCGGUCUUCUGUUAAUUUUCGGGUUGUUUAGGACCGGCAUGUCCCAGACAACAUACCUGUGCAACGGCAUUUCUUACUCGUAUCCGAAUCCCGCAUGCACAUACGGGACAACCGGGCUGUACAAUAAUUACGGACUGGGAACGUACAACAAUCCCUACAGCUACUAUAAUAACUACAACUACGGAGGAUAUGGAGGAUACGGAUAUUAUCCCUAUAAUAAUGUAUACAGUAAUAACGGAUUAUACGGCUACAAUUACGGCAAUACGGGAACUCAAUAUCUCUGCAAUGGCGUCCUAUCUUCUUAUCCAAAUCCGGCUUGCACAUACAACACCGGAAAAUAGUUCUCUAAUAAUAAUAUUUGAAUUACCUGCCGGAGUAACUAUGUAAUUCAUAUGGCAAACAUUUGCUGCUUGUUUAAUAAUGAUCAAAAUAAAAAAUGCUUCGCAGCGCAAUAGUUAUGGAGCUACAGUUUUUUUGCUUCGAAUGGUUAUCGCUUAUCAGUAAUAAAAUUUAUCACUGCAAUAAACAGGACUU